GUUAGUGGUAGUUGGUUAACAGUUUACACUUCACCACAGUUAGAAUCUUAGUAAUAUUGAACAUUUGAAGAAUAUUAAAAAACCUGGUGAUUAAAAAAACCUGCGUUUAAACUUUAAAGUAUUCAAUCAAAAUGACGUUGCCACCCGCUUUAGCAGCUCGUCUCGCUAAACGUGGAAUUUUAAGUGCAAAUAGGACUGAUCAACACACAAUACAUGCUAGUGAAGAGAUCAUAGCAGAAGAUUAUGAUAACAAACCGGAUCAGUCAACGAUUAAAGAAAACUACUGGGAAGGUAUUGAAGGAGUUAACGUUGAUCCAAUUAAAGGGCAUAAAGGUUGUCCCAAUAAAAGUAAUAUUUACCACGAAUGUUCAAAGUUCUGUGUUAAAACCUGGAAACAAGGUAAAGUUACUCCAAGUGAAAAUUACUUAGAAAACAAGCGUAAACUCUUAGAACUGUGGCCUCUGCCAGUAGGUUGGGAGGAAAUUUAUGAUGAAGGAACGGGAUAUUACUAUUUCUGGAAUUUACAUAACAAUUUGGUGUCAUGGUUACCACCUUGUCAUCCUCGCGCUUUUCCCAGUGAGAGUGCAGCCCAUUUAAGAGAAGAAAGAUUGUUGAAAGAAGGUGACGAAAGUGAUGACAGCAGUGACACUUCAGAUCAAGAAAUGCCACAGAAACUCAAAAAGGAAAGAAAGAUUAAUAGAAAAGAACAGGAGCGCAACACUGUUCAUCAUAGAGAUAAGAAAAAACAUAGAGUUAAAGAUAACGAUUUGGAUCCAAUGGAUCCUGCUGCUUACUCGGAUAUCCCCCGCGGGAAAUGGACUGCUGGAUUGGAUGCUCAUGCUAAGACUGGAGUGGACACCACAGCUUCUGGUUGCUUGUAUCAAAUGCGGCCCUAUCCAGCACCUGGUGCUAUACUCGCUGCUAAUUCUCAAAAAAGUUUACCUUCCCCAACUUACAAUUAAAUUCAAAUUUAAAUUUCAUAAACUCCUAAUAUAUAAUGAAAUUUU